AUUAUAGCGUGCUAUCGAGAAAACGUAGAGAGAUUAACAGUCCUCCGCAUGUGUCUGUGUUAUCCGAUCCGAACACCUUCGGGUCUCUUGCUAGUCUUAAGAUUGAUGGUGGUACGCAUGCCGGUACAUUAGCACCCUUGCAUGAAUUCUUCCCAAGUAGUAGUACAGAGCCCGUUACUGCCACUGAAGAAACUGAAACAGUGACUAACACCAACGACGAUAGCAAUACCAGCAAUGGUGUCAGCAUCAGCACAACAACCCUUGAUCCAACGGAGAACUCUGAAGAGGACACCACCGCAAUCCCGACGACGACAGCUCAAUCGGAUAUCGAUUUGAACUCCUCGUCCUCAUCCACUGUAGUUACCACCACGAACGAAUCCCUCUCCACGACCGAAACCACCACCGACCUUAUUCCCACAACCACCGAAUCGGACGAUAUCCCGUCAACAUCCGAAUCACCGCCAACACCGGAGAUCCUGCAAGAUGUCAUCGAAAUCACCGCCGAAGAUGUUAAAGACAAGUCGAUCGAGAUGGAGACGAACAGCAAAUUGGGCGAAAGCCACAGCAUGAAACCGUCUCAUCUCGAGGGUCCCGAGGUCAUCCAGCACGAUUUCCCGAUCUACUCGUACGGCGGACAGGACGAGAUCGAAAUAGUCAAGCUUAAUCAAAAACAGCACUUAUCGACGACGAUGAAGUCGAAAAUAAUGUACAACCAUGGCGAGGACGAGAUCGUCAAAGUGGAGAACGAAAAGAAUUUCCCUAAUUACACAUCAAAGGAAUUAAACGAUUCGGAAAAAAAGCCGCCAUCAAAGGACGUAAUUACAUCGAAUCACUCGAACGCCAACGUGCAGAUCAUUCAAAUACCGUCGAUGAACGCUCAGCCAUCGAAUGCGAACGCGAAAAGAGUCCUGGUGAAUGUCACCAUUUCCACCGAAUCGGAUUCCAAUAAUCCGUACGCGUCGCAAUCAGUCUACGUGCUUUCCGUCUCUGUUCCCACCGAUGGCAAUUCAGACUCAUCACCUGGAAUACAAGUGGAUAGUCACCAGCAGCAGCAGCAGAAGUUGCAACCUGCAGCGAUGAUGCACGUGCCGAAUGAGUGGGCCAAAUCCAACGACAUCACCGAAAAGCCGAUGGUCGAAGGAGGCGAAUGCCAGUGCUCCUGUCCUUGCCUGGAAGAUGAUAACAAUUCCAGAGACAACAUCGAGGAAACGUACGAUUUGAUUGAACAAAACCUAACAGUUUCCAAAUUAACGACAGAAAAGGAGAUGGAAUCUAGCAGCGACCAGUAUGAGACUACAACUGUAAUUACAGAGGAUACCACUUCGUUUAGCACAACCGAAGCAACGGAAUACACUUGUCCCCCAGAAGCCUCCUCACAACCACCACCACCCAUUCUCAUAUUAGAAGGAGCGAGAACGUUUCCGGCCCAGUCGUUUCCACCCGAUGGGACAACGUUUUCCCAAAUAUCAUUAGGACAACGAUUGUCCAAGGAGAUCCCUCCGUACGGCUACUGGAACAUGCAAUUCUACCAAUCCGAAGCGGCUUACGUGAAGUUCGACUAUAGCAUUCCGCGUGGAGCAAGCAUAGGUGUAUACGCCAGGCGCAACGCUUUACCCACUCACACACAAUACCACAUACUGGAGGUCUUGAGCGGGUUUAAAGCUCGAAUGUCGAGGGCCUCGCACUCUUCUGUGAAGAAGGAGGUGACGCACUACAUGGAGCAAGGACACUGGUUCCUGUCCCUCUACAACGAUGACGGUGAUCCGCAGGAGGUGGCCUUCAUCGCCGCCGUCGCCGACGAUAUGACCCACAACUGCCCGAACGGAUGCAGCGGAAAGGGUGAAUGCCUUAUGGGUCAUUGCCAAUGUAACCCAGGAUUCGGCGGAGACGAUUGCAGCGAGAGUGUAUGUCCGGUGCUGUGCAGCCAACGAGGAGAGUACAUCAACGGCGAGUGUCAAUGCAAUCCAGGCUGGAAGGGCAAAGAGUGCUCCCUCAGACACGACGAAUGCGAAGUACCAGAUUGCAAUGGACACGGUCAUUGUUCCAACGGAAAGUGUUCUUGCGUGCGCGGUUACAAGGGCAAAUUCUGCGAAGAGGUCGACUGCCCGCAUCCCAACUGCAGAGGCCACGGUUAUUGCGUCGAAGGUACUUGCAUAUGCAAAAAGGGUUGGAAGGGCGUUGAUUGCGGCCAAAUGGAUAAAGACGCCCUCCAGUGUCUGCCAGAUUGCUCGGGUCAUGGGACAUUCGACCUGGACACCCAAACCUGCACCUGCGAACCCAGAUGGUCCGGAGAGGAUUGCUCCAGAGAACUGUGCGAUUUGGAUUGCGGCAACCACGGACAUUGCGUUUCCGAUGCCUGCCAAUGCGAUCAAGGCUGGGGCGGCGAGUCUUGCAAUUUGAAGCUCUGCGACCCCAGAUGUAACGAGCACGGUCAAUGCAAGAACGGCACUUGUCUCUGCGUUACUGGAUGGAACGGUAAGCAUUGCACGAUGGAAGGAUGUCCGAACAGUUGUUCCAACCAUGGUCAAUGUCGCUUCAACGCGGACAACGCCUGGGAAUGCAGAUGCGAGAACGGCUGGGAUGGCCCAGACUGCAACGUCCUCCUCGAACAGAACUGCAACGAUGGCCGGGAUAACGAUAAAGAUGGUUUGGUGGAUUGCGAGGAUCCGGAGUGCUGCUCCAACCGUCUGUGCAAGAACAGCCAGCUGUGCGUCUCCGCUCCGAAACCCAUCGACAUUCUGCUCAGGAAACAGCCGCCAGCGAUCACAGCUUCCUUCUUCGAACGCAUGAAGUUCCUAAUCGACGAAGGCAGUCUCCAAAAUUACGCUCGCCAAGAAACAUUCAACGAAAGCCGCUCCGCUGUUGUUCGUGGUAGAGUUAUUACUCAAAUGGGAAUGGGCUUGAUGGGAGUGCGAGUGAGUACAAGCACUCCUUUGGAAGGAUUCACUUUGACCAGAGACGAUGGAUGGUUUGAUUUGCUGGUGAACGGAGGUGGAGCUGUGACGCUGCAAUUCGGAAGAUCACCGUUCAGACCUCAAUCUCAUAUCGUUUUGGUACCAUGGAACGAGGUGGUGAUCAUCGAUGAUGUUAUGAUGACUACGGGAGAGGAGAAAUCGAUGAUGGGAAUUCCGCAACCUUGCGGCGCCCACGACUUUGACACUAUGAAACCGGUGGUAUUAGCUACGUGGAAGCACGGCUUCCAAGGCGCCUGUCCAGACAAGAGCGCGAUCUUGGCAGAAUCUCAGGUCGUUCAAGAGAGCAUGCAGAUCCCUGGCACCGGCCUGAAUCUGGUGUAUCAUAGUUCUCGAGCGGCAGGAUACUUGUCGACGAUACAACUGCAAUUAACCCCGGAGACUAUCCCGACUGCCCUGAAUUUGAUCCACCUCAGAAUAACCAUCGAGGGCAUUCUCUUUGAGAAAACCUUUGAAGCGGAUCCGGUUAUAAAGUUCACGUACGCCUGGAACAGACUGAACGUGUACAGGCAAAGGGUGUACGGAGUGACCACGGCCAUUGUCAAAGUUGGCUACCAAUACACGGAUUGUAAGGACAUUAUUUGGGACGUGCAGACCACUAAAUUGAGUGGACACGAUAUGAGCAUUUCGGAGGUCGGCGGUUGGAAUUUGGAUAUCCAUCACAGAUACAAUUUCCACGAAGGAAUUCUGCAGAAGGGCGACGGCUCGAACAUCUACUUGAAGCAUAAGCCGCGAGUGAUAUUAACAACUAUGGGCGAUGGUCACCAGAGACCACUCGAAUGCCAGGACUGCGAAGGACAGGCCAAUAAACAAAGGUUAUUGGCUCCUGUUGCCUUGGCCACCGCUCCGGAUGGCUCCAUUUUCGUCGGCGACUUCAAUCUCGUGAGGAAAAUCCUAACCGAUGGAACUGUUAAAACGGUCGUCCGUUUGAAUGCUACGAGAGUGUCUUAUCGCUACCACAUGGCUCUCAGUCCUUUGGAUGGAACGCUUUAUAUCUCAGACCCGGAGUCGCAUCAAAUUAUACGAGUGAGGAAUACUGAAGAGUACGGUGAUCCAGAAAGGAAUUGGGAAACGGUCGUUGGGUCUGGUGAACGUUGUUUGCCUGGAGAUGAGGCGCACUGCGGCGAUGGUGCUUUGGCCAGAGACGCUAAAUUGGCUUAUCCUAAAGGCGUUGCCGUCUCCAAUGAUAACGUACUGUAUUUCGCCGAUGGAACAAACAUCAGGAUGGUGGAUCGAGAUGGAAUCGUGACUACUGUUAUCGGUAACCAUAUGCACAAGUCGCAUUGGAAACCGAUUCCGUGCGAAGGAACUCUGAACAUCGAGGAAGUGCAUCUGAGAUGGCCCACGGAACUUGCCAUCAACCCCAUCGAUAAUUCCCUGCACAUCAUCGACGACCAUAUGAUCCUCCAGUUGACUUCCGAUGGAAGAGUGAAGGUUGUUGCGGGAAGACCUCUGCACUGCGCUUCGCCCGCUUCUGGAUACGACAUCGAGCUUGCCACCCAUGCGACUUUGGUAAUGCCUCAGAGCAUCACCUUCAGCGCUGGAGGAGAUUUGUACGUAGCCGAGAGCGAUUCGCAGAGGAUCAAUCGCAUCCGUGUGAUUGGUACGGACGGGAAAAUAGCUCCGUACGCUGGCGCCGAAUCGAAGUGCAAUUGCCUGGAGCGCGGCUGCGAUUGCUACGAGGCCGACCAUUACCUGGCCUCCAAUUCCAAAUUCAACACAAUUUCCGCAGUCGCCGUCAGCCCCGACGGGCAUGUCCAUAUCGGUGAUCAGGCCAAUUACCGGAUCCGAUCAGUGAUGGCCAGCAUACCGGACUCCAGCACGUCCAGGGAAUACGAGAUAUUCUCGCCGGAGACGCAAGAGAUCUACAUCUUCAAUAGAUUCGGACAGCACAUCGCUACCAAGAACAUACUGACCGGAGAGACCAACUACCUCUUCACUUAUAACGUGAACACCAGCAACGGAAAACUGAGCACCGUCACCGACGCCGCCGGCAACAAGGUCUUCCUCCUCAGGGACUACUCGAGCCAGGUGAACUCCAUCGAGAACACCAAGGGGCAAAAGUGCAGACUGCGGAUGUCCAGGAUGAGAAUGCUGCACGAACUUAGCACUCCAGAUAAUUACAACGUCACGUUCGAUUACCACGGCCCAACAGGAUUGCUGAAAACCAAACUGGACAGCAGCGGAAGGAGUUACGUGUACAAUUACGACGAAUUCGGAAGACUGACUACUGCCGUAACACCAACCGGAAAGGUCAUCAGUCUGUCCUUCGAUCUGAGCAUUAAGGGAGCGACAGUUAAGGUCGGACAGGACAACAAGAAACCGAUAAGCAUGUUGAUUAAGGGAUCGAGUGUAUCCACGAUUGUCGGAGAAGCCGAGCAAAAGAUAAUUCUAUUGGCCGAUGGCGGAGUAGAAUACACGACCUCCUGGGGGCACAUCGUUACAACUGAUACCGUUCCAUACAGCGUGCUUGCAGAGUUGGACCCGAUAUUGGGAGAAAGUUAUCCGGUUCCAGCUAAGCAAAGAUCCGAGCUCGGAGGAGAUCUGGCCAACAGAUUCGAGUGGAGAUACUUCUUGAGACGCGUCCAAAACAAGGGCAAGAACGUUAUUCCGAAAGAAGUAGCACAAGUUGGACGCAAGUUACGCGUCAACGGGGACAACCUUUUGACUUUAGAAUACGAUCGCAAUACCGCUUCCGUUUCCGUCUUCAUGGAUGACCGCGUGGAAUUGUUGAACGUUACGUACGAUAGAACGGCGAGACCCGUCAAAUGGGGACCCAGGAACGGCAUCUUCUCUGAAGUCGAAUUGGAAUACGAUAGAUUCAGCCGCUUGACCAACUGGAAGUGGGGUGAUUUGAGCGAAACCUACGGCUUUGACAGGGCCGGAAGGUUGAACGAAAUUAAGUACGGCGAUGGUUCUUCGAUGAUUUACGCCUUCAAGGAUAUGUUUAGCAGUUUGCCUUUGAAGGUGACUACGCCUCGCGGAUCCGAUUAUUUGCUUCAAUACGACGAAGCCGGUGCGCUUCAAUCAUUGACUACACCCAGAGGACACAUUCACACGUUCUCUCUGCAGACGUCCCUUGGAUUCUUCAAAUACCAAUACUUCUCCCCAAUGAACCGCCACCCGUACGAGAUCAUAUACAACGACGAUGGACAGAUACUUGCUAAAGUGUACCCGCAUCAGUCGGGACGCGUGGCUUACGUGUACGAUUCCACCGGGAAAUUGGAAACUAGCCUGGCCGGAUUGAGUUCCACACAUUAUGUGUACCAGGAGACUUCGGGUCUGGUGAAGAAUGUGGACAUUGUCGAACCGAACUUUGAAUUGAAGCAGGAAUUCAAGUACCAUGCCGGCAUAUUGAAGGACGAGAAGCUCAAGUUCAACAGCAAGAGCGGCUUGGAUAACGCUCAUUACAAGUAUUCGUACGAUGGUAAUGCGCGAUUGUCCGCCAUCGACGUGGACAUCAAUGGGAAAGAAUUGCCGCAGCUUAGGAUGAAAUUCCAUCAGAACUACGGUAUCUUGGAAGGAAUCAGCGAUUUGCGCAUCUACAGAAACACCUUCAAUAGAUCGGUGAUGCAAGACAGCGGCAAGCAAUUCUUCACGAUCACAGAAUACGACGAUCGCGGCAGGAUUAAAUCCAUUUUGAUCAACAUCAAAUCGUUCGAUGUGUUUAGAUUGGAAGUGGAAUAUGAUACAAGGAAUAGAAUUAAAACUCAGAAGUUGCUCGUCGGCAGAUCGACUAGUAUGGAUAGGAUUUCUUAUAAUGCCGAUGGGCAUGUGCUCGAAGUGGUUGGCUCAAGCAAUUGGAAGUACGUGUACGAUGAGAACGGCAACAUUAUCGGUGUUAUCAAGGAAAAGGAGAAGAUCUCUUUGGGCUACGAUAGCGGAGAUAGAGUGGUGCAGUACGGAGAUGUUGAGUUCAAUAACUACGAUAAUCGCGGUUACGUUGUGAGGAGAGGCGAGCAGAAGUACCGGUACAACUCCAGAGGUCAGCUGAUCCACGCCUUCGAAAGAGACAAGUUCCAGACGUGGUACUAUUACGACGACAGGGGCCGUCUUAUUUCGUGGAACGACGAUAAAGGCAACGUGACCCAGUACUUCUACUCGAAUCCGAGCACCCCAGAUCUCGUGUCGCACGUCCACUUCCCGAAAACCGGCCGCACUUUCCGAUUCCUUUACGAUCAGAGAGACGUCAUCAUCACCGUCGAGACCAGCGAGCAAAGAUUCUACGUGGCCUCCGAUCAGAACGGCUCACCACUCGCCCUCUUCGAUAUCAACGGUAAUUUGAUCAAGGAGAUGAAACGCACGCCUUUCGGAAGCAUCAUCAUGGACACGAAUCCCGAUUUCUAUUUGCCGGUCGACUUCCACGGCGGCAUUCUCGAUCCCAACACCAAGUUGGUGUACCUCUCGAAGAGGCUUUACGAUCCUGUCGUCGGGCAAUGGAUGACACCCGCCUGGGAACAGUUGGCCACUAAGCUCACGACGCCGACCGACGUGUUUAUAUACAGAUUCCAAAACAACGACCCCAUCAAUCCCAAAUCGGACGUGAAGUACAUGACGGAUUUGAACAGCUGGCUGCAGCUCUACGGCUACAACGUGAAGGACAUGAUGGGUUCGGAAUAUCUGAAUAAGCUUAUAUACAGACCGCAGGCCGCGGUUAUUUCUAGGCAACUGGCGCCAGAUUUCGGCGUAAUGUCCGGACUGCAAUGCAUAGUGGAAAAGGUGAACGAAAAGUUCUCGGACUUGGGCUUCGUGCCGAAACCGCUGCUGAAGAUGGAGCCGAAAACGAGGAAUCUGCUUCCGCGAGUGGCCUACAGGAAGGCCGUGUUCGGGGAAGGUGUGCUUCUCUCAAAGAUCAAUGGAAGGGCUUUGGUCAGUGUUGUAGAGGGUGUCAACAGUGUAGUGCAAGACGUCGUGACGUCCGUGUUCAACAACUCGUUCUUCUUGGAGAUGCACUUCAGCAUCCACGAUCAGGACGUCUUCUAUUUCGUCAAGGACAACGUGCUGAAGAUCAAGGAUGAUCUCGAGGAGUUGAGGAGACUCGGUGGAAUGUUCAACGUGUCCACGCACGAGAUAACCGAGCACGGUUCGCCCGCUGGAACGGAGCUGAGGCUUCACAAUCCAGACGCCGUGGUCAUCAUCAAAUACGGUGCUGAUCCAGAGCAAGAGCGACACAGGAUCUUGAGGCAUGCCCACAAGAGGGCCGUCGAGAGGGCCUGGGAACUGGAGAAGCAGUUGGUCGCCAUAGGUUUCCAGGGCCGCGGCGACUGGACCGAAGAGGAGAAGGAAGAGCUGAUCUCGCACGGUUACGUCGACGGUUACGAAGGCAUCGACAUCCACAGCAUCCACAAGUAUCCGCAAUUGGCGGACGAUCCCGGAAACGUGGCCUUCCAAAGGGACACGAAGCGCAAACGGCGGAAGAGCGGCCAGAGGAAGGGCCGAAUACAUAGACACGAAUCGUGAUUUCCCCGAGACGCGCAAACAAAAAUCGACCCCUUUGGGAUUUUAAAAGAAAACGUGCCAUAACAAAACGAAAACGAGAAAGAAAAGCGGAAACAAACGUAAGAAAACCGACAUCAAAAAAGAAAACCCAAAAAUCCUAGUCGUUCUUUAAAGUACAUAAACGUAAUUAUUUAAAAAAAAAACAAAAAAGACUCUAUGAGAAAAAUAUGAAAUAUUUUUUAAUAUUAAAUAUGAUGAAAGAAAACGGAAAGGGCAGUAGUAACUUUACGUGGCAAUAUUUUUAAAAAAAAGAAUUCGAUGAUGUGUAAAGAGAAGAGUUUGAAAGAGUGAACAAAAAAAAAAACAAGAAAGAUAUAAUAAUAUAAUAAGAAUUAAUUAUAUUUAAUACUACUACUACUACGAAAAAACCUGUCCAAUUGAAAUGCCUCUACAUGGAGCAAACGAAGAGGGCCUAUAUCUAUCAAAAAACAAAACAAAAUACACAUUGUAAACACAGGGUGUGAUGAAUUCAAAAGAGGAAACAUACAAUUUCAACGUACGAUUAACGUCUACAAUGUAGAAACUGCACAUAAUUUAUAAUGUAUAAGUAUAGAGCGUAAUAUAUAUAUAUAUAUUAAAUAAGGAUGUACAUAAUAUCAGAAGGAAAAAAAGAAGAAGCUUUUUAUAUGGAUAUUAUUAACAAAUUCGAAUAGUGAUUUUUCUUACUUGGAACGCCGCCGUCGACGUCCUUUCUUUUCUCCGGGCUUUUUUUUUUAACAGUAAAUGUUUAUUUGUGAUAGAACUGUGCGACAGAAUGAGGAAAGAAACGUAGCGAAAAUAGACUAACAUAUAUAAACUGAAUGCAUUGGGCCACGUGUCGAUAUCACUUUAGGACCGACUGACGAUGAUGUUAAAUUGCUACCUUAGAAUUUAUUAUUAAAUAUAUAAAUAUAUAUAUAUAAAGCAAAAUAUAUAAAUAUGAAGAUAUUUUAGUCCAUAGAUGUAUAUAUUAUUAUGGUAUGGAAAAGGAAAAAAGAAAGGAAAAAACACAUAGAAAGGAUGCGAGAGGAAAGAAGAAGCUAAAAGGAGAAUAACGAAACUUCCUGUAAUAAUAAUAAUCGACGAUUAUUAUUCUCUUAUUAUUGUUGUUCCGAUUACCACCACCACCAUCAUCGAUAUCAUAUAAUUAACGUAACUAUUAUCAAUUCUAUCCUUGGAGUGAUUACGUUUUGUUUCAUUUUGUUUCCUGUCGUAAGUGAUUCUGGGUGCUUGUAUUUCCAUUACUUGGGUAGUUUUCGGACUUAACUGUGUAUGUAUUUAACAUUGGUCCAUUAAUCAUUAGAAUAGCGUACUAUAUUUCAUGAAUAAUAACGUUAUAAUAAUACCUACUUAUUAUAUUAUACAUAUUUAAACAAAACGAAAAGAGAAACGAGAAAAGAUGAUCCUAAUAGACACACAUACACCGAGUUUACGAGUCACUCCAUUCCACGCCAUUUGUACGCCAUAGUUCUCAUAUAAUAUUGAAAAAA